AUUGAAGAAGAUGAAACGGAUUCGCAAGCAGAAGAAGACUGAAAUUCCGAAGCUGAUGUUAGAGGAGAUUGUCGGUUUCACAACUGAAAAUGCGAAUGGACUGGCUUCUGGAGUUUCGAAUUCGAAAUGUGUGUAUAUUGCAGGCUGUGUUGCGGUGGUUUAUGACGUCGAUUCAUCCACGCAGUCGCAUUUGGUUGUGUCCAACCGAUUGCCGAAGCCGUUGAGCUGUGUUGCGGUUUCGUGUGACGGACGUUUUAUUGCUGCUGGAGAGUCAGGACCUCAUCCUGCUGUAGUGAUAUGGGAAGCAGCAAGUUUGGUUAUGAAAUACGAAUUGAAGAGUCAUCAACACGGCGUAGCAUGCAUUGCCUUUUCACCUGAUGGCAAACACCUUGCUUCUGUUGGAUAUCCUCAUGAUGGAUAUAUUUGCCUCUGGGAUUUUCAAAGUCAGACUUUAAUUACAAAAUGCAAGGGGUGCACACCAAGUUCCGCAAUUGCAUCUGUUAGCUUCUCAUCAGAUGGAAGAUUCUUUAUCACCGCAGGAAAGAAGCACCUGAAGUUCUGGAAAUUGGGAUUAUCUACCAGAUCUCGUAUGAUAGGUAGAACAGCAUCAGGUGCAAUUGGAAAACAAGCUAAUCUUGGUCAUUAUAAAGGAUGCUCUUUCAUAGCUAUUGCGUCUCCUAUGUGGAGUGAGAGUAGUCUCCUUGAUCAUAUUCAAACUGGUGAAGCUUCGCAUGUUUAUGCACUGACAGAUGCAGGGGUUUUGUGCCAUCUUAACUCAGAGAUGACUAUUGCAAAUUCUGUUGAAUUACAGGUUGAGAAAGGCUUUGGACUAUCUGUAUCCAGAAAGUUGGUUGCUUGUGCAUGCAAUAAUGGACAAGUUAAACUUUUUUCUGCGAACACUCUUGCAUAUGCUGGAAGCUUAUACUACCCUGAAACCAGACACAGUAAAGAAGGUGUUGCAGACUGCCAUGUAAUGAUUGGAAAAAAUGGACAUGAGCAGUUGCAGAGUCUACCUAAUGCAAUUGCUUGUCAAUUUUCAACAUUGCAAAAACUUGUUGUGAUAUAUGAUGACCGCAGCCUUUUCAUAUGGGAUGUUCAGGAUGUUGACAAGGCCAGCAGGUGCUCUGUGCUAGUUUCACAUAGUGCUUGCAUAUGGGACAUCAAGAAUUUCUCAUGCGAACACAUGCAUGACCCCUCCAAAGCAUGCGUUGCUAAAGGAUGUUCUGGUGGAGUUUCCUUUGCAACAUGCUCAGCUGAUGGCAGUAUCAGGUUGUGGGAUCUUGAACUACAAUCAAGUAGCUUGCCUCUUCCAACAGAAGACAAAUCUAUGAGUACCUUUUCAGCAGGCUCUACACAUUUAGAGAGGACUGGUGUUUUUGAACGUGAUUCUCUGGUAUCAGGCUUUGCCUCUACAGGUUAUCGUUCAAUGGCAGUCAGUUCAGAUGGAAUGUAUCUGGGAGCUGGUGAUUUCCUGGGAAACCUUCAUAUAUUCAACCUACACACAACUGAUUAUAUGUGCAUCCAGGGUGCUCAUGAUGGCGAAAUUCUAUCACUGAGUUUCAGUUUGCAAAGCAUUGAUGAUCCUGCUGGUACGUGUCCACACAGCCAUUAUUUUCUUGCCUCGGGGGGGAAGGACGGCAUGAUUCAUCUCUAUGAUGUUCAAAGGAACUUUGACCUCAUCGGAAGUUUUCGUGAUCAUUCUGCUCCUGUGACCUGCGUGAAAUGUGCUUGCAGUGGUGCUAAGAUUAUAAGUUGCAACGCGGAUAGGUCUCUGGUUUUCUGUGAUGUUUCUAUGAUCGAUUCAGCAUACAAAAUAUCUUGCUAUAAUCGAGUCUUACCGGGAGUUGUAUAUGACAUGGCAGUUGAUGGUUCCACAGAGAUUGCUGUCACUGUGGGGCAGGAUAAGAAGAUUAACACAUUCAGCAUUCCUUCUGGGAAGUUAAUCAGGUCAUUUAAGCAUAUUGGAGGGGAUCCUAUCAAGGUAUCUGUGGAUCCCAGCUCUAGUUAUCUGGUUUGCUCAGAUUCUUUUAAGAUUCUCUGCUUAUAUGACAUUAUGGCUGGGGAUAUGGUCGCACAAGCAGUGGGGCAUGGUGAUGUUAUAACUGGUGUCAUCUUUUUACCUGACUGCAAGCAUCUCGUUUCUGUAAGUAGUGAUGGUUGUAUCUUUGUUUGGAAAGUCCCUGGUUCUUUAUCAUUAAGAAUGCUGAGGAAAAUUAAGGAAAAUGCUUGUCCGCUAUCCCCAGCAAAAUUUGCUGCUCCAGCAACUUCAGGUCAAAUCAAACUUCAUGUGGUUAAUCAUCACCAACCAGAAGGCAUAUCUAUGACCCCAAAACUCUUCCAAGUAAAUCAGAGAGUACUAUGUCGAGAAAUGAGUUCACCAGCAACAGCAUUUAAAUUCAGUAUUUCAAGACUCCCAAAGUGGGCACAAGCUAAAGUUACUAACCUUCAUUCCUUGAUGACUGACCCUAAUUCUUCAUCCUCCAAGACUGGAAAAACUGGAUCAACCGAUACGCAGCGACCAGCUUGUGAAACUGUCCAUGUGUAUGAAGAGGCACUACAUAAUUUGGAUGCUGCUGCUGAGAAAGCAAUGCAGUUAUUUUCUAAAUUAGCAAAUCAGCAUGCGAGAAUAGAGAAAUCAAGGGAGCAUGAAAAUCAGCUAUUGGCUAAGGCAGCAGAAAUGCUUGUGCCAAUAGCAAAUAAAAUCCAUGCCACUGCCAAAUUGGCACAAUCCGCCAACACUGGUUCCAAUGGGAAUGCCAAAAUGGAUAUUUCAACCAAUGAAAUUUGAGGUUAUUAGAUAAAACUGAUCCACAACAACUAGUCAAGCUGAAGGAUUGCCACUAG